ACACACAUUUAGACAGGAGUGGUUCAAGCGAAUUUACUGAAGUAACAGCAAUAUAUGUUCGAUUGGAGUUUCUUUGUUCGGUUAACUUCCUGUAGAUAACAGCAGAAAAAGCGGAAUAGGAUAUUUCACUUCUUCCUUCUUCUGAAAUAUUGUUUUUUUUUUGCUCCCAUCAUUGCCUUAUAUGUUCUUCUUCUUCUUCCCAUGCCUCACAGUCACACAGCAGUGAAGGACAUAAGAAAGACAAGAUGAACGACUCGCAAGCCAACGCUUCCUUCAAGUGUGUCCGGGAUAUCAGCGUGACCUCGGUGCUGUUCCCAUGGCUAUACAGCAUCAUCUUCAUCCUCUCCCUGCUGCUCAAUUCCAUGGCGGUGUGGGUUUUCUUCACCAUUCCCAGCAAGUCCACGUUCAUGGUCUUUCUAAAGAAUGUGGUGGUGGCUGACUUGUUGAUGACCUUGACCAUCCCCCUGAGGGUCAUGAGCGACACCGGCGUGGGCGGGGGUCCGCUACGGGCCUUCCACUGCCGUUACUCGGCCGUUCUCUUCUACGUCACCAUGUACAUCAGCAUCAUCUUGCUGGGCCUCAUCAGCCUGGACCGUUACCUGAAGAUAGUCCGGCCCUUCGGCAAAGGCGUCCUGCAGCGGGUGUGGGUCGGCCAGGCGCUGAGUGGCGUCGUCUGGGUGGUCAUGUUGUCUUUGGCGCUGCCCAAUGUGAUCUUAAGCCACCAGCCGCCACGCUACUCUAACGGACGGGUCAAGUGCAUGUCCAUGAAGAGUCAGGCUGGCCUGGAUUGGCAUGAAGGAUUCAUCUACUUCUGUCAGGUGAUCUUCUGGGGAACGCUGGCCCUGAUGGUUUUCUGCUACACGUUCAUUAGCAAGAAGGUGUAUGAGUCAUACAGAGCCUCAAAGUCCAGUUCCCAGGCAGCUACCCGCAAAACCAAAGCAAAAGUCUUUGUGGUUGUCGCCGUCUUCUUCGUCUGCUUCGCCCCCUACCACUUUAACCGAGUUCCCUACACUAUGACGCAAACCGGCAAUGCCAUCAGCAAGUGCCGGGUGAAGAACGGGCUCUACAUCGCCAAGGAGACCACGCUGUGGCUGUCGGCCACCAACGUGUGCCUGGACCCGCUUAUUUACGUGUUCCUGUGCAGCGUGUUCAGGAAUAGACUCAUGGCCGUGCUCCAACGCAAGCCCCUCCACAAGGGAGAUUCUCCCACUGCUACGUCCACUCAGCUGGAGAUGUCGCAAAUGGCAAACAACAGACUGGUUGGCCCACCAUAAUAACACACAAACUUACAUAAAUGUCCAAUAUGUAAAUAUGUUUAAUAUUUUGUAUCUAAGUAGAUGAAAAAAUGCUGGAAAUUGGCGGGAAACUUGAGACAAGUCGUUCAGAUUUGGCCCGUCACAGAUGAAGUUAGCUUUUAGCACUUAGCAUCAGAUUAAACUAAUAAAACAACAGAAGAGUGCAGCAGAUCAUGAGGUUGCAAAAAUGACCACGCUGAAUUCCUGCCACGCACGUUUGUCAAGUCACUGGACGCAUGAUGUCAAGUGUCCUCAAAGUCAUUGUCAACUUCCUGAUCUCUAAUCUCCUUAACCGACACUUUCCCUUCUGUACACUCAAAGGAAAACAUUUAGUCAGCACUUUUGCAAACACACACACUGGAAAAUUACAAUUUGUAUUUUAUUGUCAUAUUUCUGUUGCAUUGGAGCAGGAUUACAGAAAUUACAUUACCAGUGUAGCUGAA